AAAGAUACAUCACCAAGCAAAGAUGAAAUGAAACAAAAACUUUUGUUAUCUGUUUCCAACCACAACCCAUGUUGUCUUUUCCUUCUUUCUUUAUUCAGCAAAUACCCCCUUCUUGGUGACAUCUCUGAUUUUCUUGCUAUUUUCUAUUCAUCCCUUAUCACAAAUUUAGCUAACUUGUUGCCUUUUUUUUGUUGUCAAUCAAUCACAAACUGCAUUGCCAUUUCUUCAACUUCAGAUCUGUGAAAUUUGUCUCUUCGUGAGAGUGUAUGUUAAAGAUUCAUUGACUUGAGCAAAAAUUGGAAGUGGGUAAGGUUUUUUUUUUUUUCCAACUAUUUUUUGUGUUCUGUGGUGUUGAAAAUGAACAUUCACAUGACCCAGAUGAUUUUUUUUACCUAGUUUGCUAUAAAGGUUUCAACUUUCUUGAACCCUUUUCUUUUGGGUUAUUGAAUUUGAUUAUCUUGUAUAAAGAUAUUGGAAAACUAUGUUGUUUAUGUGAUUGGGACUGUGUUUGCUUUCUGGGUCUAUGUUGGAGCCUUUUUGCAAAUUUUGUAUCUUUUGUUAAAAUUUGAAUUCAAAGGUGUUGUUGGGAGGAAGAAUCAUGAUGGGGAAGCUCAUUGGGGAGAGACUAUUAUUGAUGGUGAUGAUUUUGGUUACAGUGAUUAUUAUUGUAGAGGCUCAACCAAAAUCAUUUCUUAUAAAUUGUGGUUCAAAUUCUUCUGUGAAUGUUGAUGGUAGGAAAUGGAUUGGGGAUAUGGCUCCUAAUAACAAUGUAACUCUAGAUUCUCCUGGUGCUGUUGUUUCCAAUGCUACAUUUAGUGGAAAUUCAAUCUAUGAGCCACUUUAUAAGACAGCCAGAAUUUUCACAGCUUCUUUGAAUUACACAAUCAAAGAAGUUCAAGGAAACUAUUUUUUUAGGUUCUAUUUUUGUCCCUUUGAGACUGUUGACUACAAUGUGAAUGAGUCCUCUUUUGGUGUUGUUGUCAAUGGUGUGAAACUAUUGUCGGAGUUUAAUGUUGCUGGUAAGAUAUCUCACAAGAAUGUGAACUUGAAGAUUUCUGGAAAGAAUUCAAGUUCGUUUUUCUUGAUUAAAGAGUAUAUUUUGGAUGUCGAUGAUGGUAUGCUUGUGAUUGAGUUCGUUCCAAGUAGAAACUCGUUUGGAUUCAUUAAUGCCAUUGAGAUUGUUCCGGUUGUUGGUGAGCUUUUUGCUGGCUCGAUCAGUAAAGUUGGUGGUGGAAACUUGAAUUUGACUGGACAUGGGAUGGAGACUAUGUAUAGGUUAAAUGUUGGUGGUCCUGAGAUUCAAUCGAAUCAGGAUCCGGAUCUUCGGAGAAUUUGGGAAAUGGAUUCUAGCUAUAUGAUCACAGAAAAUGCCGGAUCAGGAAUGAAGAACAGCUCUAAUAUCACAUAUGCUUCUGCGAAUGAUACUUCGGUAGCUCCUCUCCUUGUGUAUGAAACUGCAAGGGCAAUGUCCAACACUGAAGUCUUGGACAAAAGAUUUAACAUGUCAUGGAAAUUCGAAGUAGAUCCUGAUUUCGAUUACGUGGUCCGGUUACAUUUCUGUGAGCUGAUGUAUGAUAAGUCAAACGAGAGAAUAUUCAGGAUCUAUAUAAACAACAGGACGGCUGUGGAUAAUCUCGAUGUUUUUGUUCGAGCAGGAGGGAAGAAUAAAGCGUAUCACCAGGAUCAUUAUGAUUCCGCGUCGUCGGGGAUGGAUACGCUUUGGGUUCAACUUGGUCCUGAGACUGCUGCUGGUGCUGCGGGAACUGAUGCUAUCUUGAAUGGUCUAGAGGUUUUUAAGCUUAGUCGAAAUGGAAAUCUUGCCCAUGUGGAGAGAUACGAUACAGAUGGCAAUUCAGGAAGCAAAUCAAAUGCAAGAGUUGUUUGGAUUGGAGUAGGAGCAGGUAUAGCUUCUGUAGCUAUAAUGGCAUGUAUUGGUGUCUUUAUUUUCUGUUUCUUUAAAAGGAGAAAAGAAUCAAGUGAUACCAAAAACAACUCUCCGGGUUGGCGACCGAUAUUCCUGUAUGGGGCUGCUGUAAACAGCACUGUGGGAGGUGCCAAGGGAUCGGCUGGAACCCAAAAGUUAUAUGGAUCUGUGGCUUCAACCAGAGCUGGUAAGCGGUUUACAUUGGCCGAAAUUAAUGCUGCAACAAAUAGUUUCGACGAGAGUCUGAUCAUCGGAGUUGGAGGCUUUGGUAAGGUGUAUAAAGGAGAGGUUGAUGAUGGUGUCCCUGCUGCAAUUAAGCGUGCCAACCCGCAGUCUGAACAAGGUCUGGUUGAAUUUGAGACAGAAAUCGAGAUGCUCUCGAAACUUAGACACAGGCAUCUGGUGUCCUUGAUUGGUUUCUGUGAAGAGAAAAAUGAAAUGAUUUUGGUUUAUGAGUACAUGGCAAAUGGAACCUUAAGAAGCCAUUUAUUUGGAAGUGAUCUCCCUCCGUUAACAUGGAAGCAGCGUCUCGAAGCAUGCAUUGGUGCUGCAAGGGGACUUCACUACCUUCACACAGGAGCCGACCGUGGAAUAAUUCACCGGGAUGUCAAGACAACAAAUAUACUGUUAGAUGAGAAUUUUGUAGCGAAAAUGGCUGAUUUCGGUUUGUCGAAAGACGGCCCUGCUUUUGAACAUACUCAUGUUAGCACUGCUGUGAAAGGAAGUUUCGGCUAUCUCGACCCUGAGUACUUCAGAAGACAACAGUUAACUGAGAAAUCAGAUGUUUACUCUUUUGGAGUUGUGCUGUUUGAAGUUGUUUGUGCUAGAGCUGUGAUAAACCCUACAUUGCCUAAAGAUGAAAUCAAUCUUGCAGAAUGGGCAAUGAGAUGGCAAAGACAAAGAUCACUUGACAAAAUCAUUGAUCCACUCCUUCUAGGAAGCCAUUGUCCAGAAUCGUUGUCGAAGUUUGCAGAGAUAGCUGAAAAAUGUCUUGCCGAUGAUGGAAAGAGUCGUCCGACCAUGGGGGAGGUGUUAUGGCACUUGGAGUAUGUGUUGCAGCUACAUGAAGCUUGGCUCAACAUGGACAAUAACACACAAGUUGUGCAAGAGCAUUCAAAUCAAGAUGAAGAAGAAGUUGAUUUGGAUCUCAAAAAUGCAACUGAUUGAGUAAGUUCACAGCAUGUAGGACUCAAAGAAAUGAAUGCUGCAAUUUGAUUUCAGUGAUUUGUGAAGGCUAGCAGUCACUAGUGAGAGUGAGAUCAUUGAAGAACCAUGCAUGACCUUAUAUAGCUAAUUAAUAUCCUCUACUGAUUCUUUCUAUUUGUUUUAUUGAAUUCAAGUUGUUUAUUAUUACUGUUUUUAGCAUCUGAUUCUUGUAUACACCAUGGUAAUAUGAUUUUCAAACAUUUUAUCACAAAAGAAAAAGUGUCAAUAUUUGUGAUAUGCAAUGCUUUUUUGCAUUGAGUUCCAACUGAUUGUAUUAUUAUUACUGGAAUAUUUCUUCUCAAAAGUUUAUAUUAAUCUUGUAAAAAAAAGUUGAUAGUAAUAGCCUCAUCAGCUA